CAUUUAUAAAAGCCUCUGAUGUCCGUGUCUCACUUACUUCAACCAAUGUGUUCGUCAUAGUGACGUUGUGAUCGAGCUGCUACUCCCUCUCUCUCUCGGUUCAGAACAGUGCGUGCCUCAGAACCCUGAGAUAAACGUCUGUACGCAGCGCCGGUACCGGGACGCCGCUCCAACAGAUCAACAUUUGAACAGAGCGACAGAGUGGAAAGUGGUCAAACGACUAUUGAUGCGUCCUGCUCGAUUUUUUUUUUAACUCUUCUUUUGGUCGUAGUGUAAUGUAGACUUCAAGGGAUUCGAUUUUUCAAAGGGAUUAUUGUUAUUUUUCUUUAAAGGGUCAACUUUAACAACCACUUUUUAAAUCGAAAGGGAAUCAAACCGCAAUUAUGAAUGAUAUUAAACUUGCGGUUUUGGGAGGCGAAGGAGUCGGGAAAUCAGCUCUAAUCGUUCGAUUCCUGACGAGGCGAUUUAUCGGCGAAUAUGCCUCAUCAUCAGAAUGCAUAUACAGAAAGCGUCUGUCUAUUGAUGGUAGACAGCUGAAUCUAGAACUCUAUGAUCCAUGCUCACAGGCCUGUGAGGGGAAGUCAACUCUGACCGACCAGAUCCACUGGGCUGAUGGCUUCGUAGUGGUCUAUGACAUCAGUGACCGCUCCUCCUUCAUCAAGGCUAAAGCCGUAGUACACCUGAUCAGAGAGUUAAACCUGGGAGUGGCCAAAAGGGAUGCAGACACUCUGGUGUUCCUGGUGGGUAACAAGCAGGACCUGUGCCACGUGAGGGAGGUGCGUCGAGAAGAAGGCCAGCGCCUGGCAGCCGAGUCCCGGUGCCAGUUCUAUGAGCUCUCUGCAGCAGAACACUACCAGGAGGUGGUCCUCAUGUUCUCGAAGAUGGUCCACAACGCCAGCCUGGGGGGCAAGGCCAAGGAGAGGAGACGGAGACCUAGUGGCUCCAAGUCCAUGGCCAAACUCAUCAAUAAUGUCUUCGGGAAGCGGAGGAAAUCAGUGUGAAGGGGAGAUAGGAGGGUCAAGGGUUACCCCAGGACUAAGAGGUCUUGUUACUUUGUUUUUCCCCCUUGGGACUGUUGUUGAAUGGUGAAAGGGAUUGUGGGAAAAGGUCAGUAACGUUGAAUGGACCCACCACCAACAACAUGGGAUUCACCUACUUACUUGCUGUUGCUAUUAUUAUUGUUGAUCAUGAAAAAGGGUGGGAAAAUGUUCAAUAAUCAUUAGACCACCACCAACCUACACUCCUCUGGUUGCCAACCACCAAGUGACAGCGAGAUGUGAGAGGUGGUAUAAAUGGUUCUCCACUUAUAACAGAGCUUAGUGGACUGAUAGGACUGCUGCUGCUCACUGUCUGACUGUCUCAUGCUUACCAUACUCUAAGGUCUCUACUACAUACACACGCAAACAUAAAUUAUAUCACAGGUAGACUCCAUUAUUAGCUAUGUAAAGUAAAUGAUAUCACAGGUAGACUCCAUUAUUAGCUAUGUAAAGUAAAUGAUACCACAGGGGAGACUCCAUUAUUAGCUAUGUAAAGUAAAUGACAUCACAGGGAGACUCCAGUAUUAGCUAUGUAAAGUAAAUGAUACCACAGGGGAGACUCCAUUAUUAGCUAUGUAAAGUAAAUGACAUCACAGGGAGACUCCAGUAUUAGCUAUGUAAAGUAAAUGACACCACAGGGAGACUCCAGCAUUAGCUAUGUAAAGUAAAUGACACCACGGGGAGACUCCAGUAUUAGCUAUGUAAAGUAAAUGACACCACGGGGAGACUCCAUUAUUAGCUAUGUAAAGUGAAAAAUACCACAGGGAGACUCCAUUAUUAGCUAUGUAAAUUAAAUGACACCACGGGGAGACUCCAUUAUUAGCCAUGUAAAGUAAAUGAUACCACAGGGAGACUCCAUUAUUAGCUAUGUAAAGUAAAUGACACCACAGGGAGACUCCAUUAUUAGCUAUGUAAAGUAAAUGACACCACGGGGAGACUCCAUUAUUAGCUAUGUAAAGUAAAUGACACCACGGGGAGACUCCGUUAUUAGCUAUGUAAAGUAAAUGACACCACAGGGAGACUCCAUUAUUAGCUAUGUAAAGUAAAUGAUACCACGGGGAGACUCCAUUAUUAGCUAUGUAAAGUAAAUGACACCACAGGGAGACUCCAUUAUUAGCUAUGUAAAGUAAAUGACACCACGGGGAGACUCCAUUAUUAGCUAUGUAAAGUAAAUGACACCACGGGGAGACUCCAUUAUUAGCUAUGUAAAGUAAAUGACACCACGGGGAGACUCCAUUAUUAGCUAUGUAAAGUAAAUGACACCACAGGGAGACUCCAUUAUUAGCUAUGUAAAGUAAAUGACACCACGGGGAGACUCCAUUAUUAGCUAUGUAAAGUAAAUGACACCACGGGGAGACUCCAUUAUUAGCUAUGUAAAGUAAAUGACACCACGGGGAGACUCCAUUGUUAGCUAUGUAAAGUAAAUGAUACCACAGGGGAGACUCAAUUAUUGGCUAUGUAAAGUAAAUGACACCACGGGGAGACUCCAUUGUUAGCUAUGUAAAGUAAAUGAUACCACAGGGGAGACUCAAUUAUUGGCUAUGUAAAGUAAAUGAUACCACGGGGAGACUCCAUUAUUAGCUAUGUAAAGUAAAUGACACCACAGGGGAGACUCCAUUAUUAGCUAUGUAAAGUAAAUGACACCACGGGGAGACUCCAUUAUUAGCUAUGUAAAGUAAAUGACACCACAGGGGAGACUCCAUUAUUAGCUAUGUAAAGUAAAUGACACCACAGGGGAGACUCCAUUAUUAGCUAUGUAAAGUAAAUGACACCACAGGGGAGACUCCAUUACUGGCCCUAUUGCCUCGACUGCUCACUGCAUGCCACAGUGGCAGACACAGUCCAUUUUUCAUACAUCUUUCAUUAUGACUGAUGUGUGUCCCAAAUAGAACCCUAUUUCCCUAUAUCAUGCACUAUGUUUGACCGGGCCCUUAUCGAAAGUAGUGCACUAAAUAGGGAACAGGGUGCCAUUUGGGAUGCUAGCCUGAAUACUGCUACUGAAGAGAGCCAGCAGUUUAUUGGCAUGGAGGUUGUUUUUGGGGGGAAAUUCUUUCUGUGGUUACUGUUUCCAUGGAAAGGUGAUGUAUCAUAACAUAAUGAAUGUCUGUCCGUCUAGUUCCAUCUUCAUGUUGUUUAAUUGUUCACUGGAAUAAAGUCUUAAUUAUAAACUUAUACAAUAAUGUAAAACUAUAAUAAACACUGUAAUCAAG